UCCAUAGACGCUGAUGUGGCGGUGUGUUGUCAGAUUGCCGUUGCCAACCCCCCGACGAACCUCGCAAACGUACAGUCGACUCUGUUACAGCUUCUGCCCUGCCGCCCUACGCGUCGCAUGCUUCGACGUGCUACUCAUUUGCUCUGGUCCUCGCCCUCAAAGCUCCUUGGUAUGCGUGAGGCGCGGCAUUGUUGAGAAGCUGAGUAUGGCUCGUAAGGGAGAGGCUAGAGUGAGCUGCGUAAUUCAAGGGCACUGGUGAGGUGUAGAUUUUAGCAGGAUGUGGGGAUUGUUCUGCUUGAGCGACGAGACUAACGGGAGUUGCACGUUGCGAGUGAGAUUCAGGGGUGUUGCGUGCGACGAGUAUAGUGGAGUAUCUCAUGAAUUACUUCUUCCUUUUCUGCAUAUGCUUCCUGCCGCUGCUCUCCUUUCGAUGGGGGCGCGUGGCCGAGGUCCCGACCAAGCCAGAGGUAGCGACGCCUUCGACUAGAAGCGGCACGAAGCCCGUCAAUGCUCCGUCACCGAGCAUAGUGGCGCGCCUGGUGAGCUCGUUGCGGAAGCCCCCGUCUCCGCCAUCGCCAGUGAGGUCGAUUUUCCAGCAGCCACUGUCCUCGAUUGUUUUCUCGACUCGUGGAACCAAGGCGCCAUCUCCGCCCCCGCCGUCGACCUGGUUCUCGCCGCCAGCUCGGCGACAGAAGCCGCCACCCGCGGAGAGUAAGCCCAGGCCAUCGCCAAUGCCGACCUUUCUGACGCCUCCAUUCACUCGACCGCCGUCGCGGGCGAUGCCAAAUGUGGUGGCGCAAGCAGGCGCAGACGAGGUUGUGACGAUGACAGCCUUCUUAGGCACCGAAGGCUCAAAUGUAGGUGUGGAUUUGGUGGUACUCAUGACGCACCUACAGACUGCGUGCAAGCACAUCUCCUCUAUUCUGGCCUCGCCGACUGAGCUUCAGGCCACCUUGAAGGGUGCGGAUUCUGUCCAUGGCGUGGGGCGCGAUGCGCGCAAGCCGUUGGACUUGGUUUCGAACAACAUAAUUAAGGCGGCUCUGCGAAGCUCAGGGAAAGUGGCCGCCAUAGCUUCCGAAAAGGACGAUAGGCCUGUGUGGUUAGGGGGAGGCCCUUACGUCGUCGUGUUCGACCCUCUCGAUGGCUCUCGCAACCUCGACGCAACUGUACCUACUGGCACCAUCUUCGGAAUCUACAGGCGGUUACCAGAAGCUGACCACCUGCCCACGGAUGAGAAAGCUUUCGCAAAUGUGAUGCAAAGGGGGGAGCGGCUGGUCGCUGCCGGAUAUGUAUUGUAUUCCUCCUCCACCAUCAUGGCCAUCUCAGUUGGCUCAGGCUUACAUGGAUUCACUCUGGAUUACACCAUUGGAGAGUUUGCUUACAGCCACCACGACAUACGCAUCCCUGAACGAGGCCAGAUAUACUCUGUCAAUGAAGCUAAGUACUUCGCCUGGCCAGUGGGCUUGCGAAGAUACAUUGACAACGUCCGACAAGGUAAGGGCCAGACACGUAAACAAUAUUCAGCCCGCUUCAUUGGCUCGUUCGUGGCCGAUCUCCACCGUACCAUCAUGUAUGGAGGCAUUGCAAUGAACCCGAGGUCGCAUUCCCGGCUUUUGUACGAGGCUAACCCCCUCAGCUACCUUGUGGAACAAGCUGGGGGCCGUGGUACCGAUGGGAAGCGGCGGAUUCUGGAGAUCAAUCCCAUCGAGAUCCAUCAGAAAUUACCCCUUUUUCUCGGCAGUGCUGCAGAUGUUGCUGAACUCGUUAGCUUCGGAGACAUCCAGCAGCAGACAAGUCCUGAAGUGCACACAUUCUAGUCUAUUGCUGAUUUUCGGUCCAGAACUUGUAGCAAAAUUUUACUUCCGAUUCUAGGUCUGCUAGAGGAUAUGCCUUAAACUUCACAAUUCUAAUGUUGAGUGAUCCCUAUUUUUUAUUUUUUGUUCUCUCAAAUAAGGUUAUGAUCUAAGAUAUUAUCGCAGAUGCCAGUCUUUUAUUGUAGAGUUGACUGGUGAUGGCAUCCCUAUUGGCGGCGCUAAGGUUAAUAGAGCGACUUGAGAAGAAGAGUGUUUUGAGGGGUGGUUUAGUCUGUAUUUUGCGUUUGUGAUUUAGCACAGUCUCUAGCACAUCACAGAUGUUUUCCACAUAAAAGACAGCUCUUAAUUCCUCCACUUCGUUCCAAGACGCAAUUUGCAGGAUGUUGUACAAUUUUGGAUCUUUUGAAAUUCUCACUAUAUCCACUAGUUAAUUUCUGCUUCAGAUUGGAGCGAGAAGGUAACCAAAGUGCACAUUCUUACAGCCUAUAAUCCAAUUGGAACUGGGGUAGCUGGUAGGUGUACUGGUCUACUAAUGUGACGCGACCUCAUAAUGCAUUGGCGACGGCAGAUAAUGCUUCUGUACACGUCCGUUGUAGUCUAGAUGGUUAGGAUACUCGGCUCUCACCCGAGCUACCCGGGUUCGAGUCCCGGCAUCGGAAGCUCCCGAGUCUGUUCUGGAUAUCAAACUCAUUCACUUUUCCUAUCAUUU